UCAUAAAUAUUUUUUUGUGUGCGGUAAAAACCAAAAUUAAAAAUGUUAAAAAAAUAUGUUGACUCAGAAUGUUCCUAUGUUGAUUUUUCUAGGAGAAUUUCUUUGCUCAUAUAUUUUUCUUAUCACAUUUUUUUACUGCAUAUUUUUUGCGACCAAAGGACACAGGUAGAGCAUAAAAUUAAGAGACCCCCCCCCCCAAAAGUUGAUAUUCUGUGCCAGAAAGUCAAAAGGUAGUUUGAUUUUCUACAUAAAAAAGCACUGGUCUACCCUCCAUGAAGAUAAAAAGGCACCAUCCAUUGAACUCCAGUUGUUUAGAGGGAUUGGUUUCUUGAGGUCUAAUGCCUCCAUUGAAAUGAAAAGACGGGAGUUCAGACAGUCGACUCAUGAAAAAAAAAGAUCACAAAGAGAAAAACUGAGUUGCUGAGUUAGAGGGUCACCACAGCACAAAGAGAAAUGGUGAAACUCACACCCACUUACUCAAAUAUAAAUGUAUGUAUAUUUGCACACUGAACAAACAAGUGUUUGGAAACAAGAACCUGUCUCAAGCCCUAAGCCUUACGCCAUUCAGGUCUUAUUGUUCUGCCAUGUCAUGGGUGCAGCGCUGCCCCCCAGGUCAUGUUGUAUCUCUACGGGUCAUCGCUGAUACCAUCUCUGUAAAACUGCAGUGACUGCUUCUUCUCUGUCUGCGAGUCCAGAAACCAGACGAUUCGUGAGAGAAGUUCAUAUGACUAACAAAGAGAGGUAAUACAAGAUAUAAUGUGUUUUUCUUGGAAAGUAUCUUUUGUUGCUUAAAAAUUGGAUUUACUUUUCAAACUGACCAUUUAUAAUCUUCAUACCUACUAAAGUGACCAACAUAUGCAUUUAAAAAAAAUUACAUGAAGUGAAAUUAAUGUAGAUGUGGAAGUACAAUACAAAUGAUACACAAACCUUUCAUUCUCAAAAUACAACCUUGUUUACAAAACUGACAUUUAAAAAAAAUCUACAAAUCAUUUAUUUCUUCUAAAACAAGAUAACCGUCUAUACAAAUAGAGGAAUAUUUGAACUGACCUGGACCUAUAACAUAAGUAAGUACAAGAAAAAGUUCAAAUUAAAUGAGUUCCUCUACUUAUCUUGCCUAUAUGAGGCGCCUUGUUUGUGGUUAAUAUGCUAAUGCUCAUAAACAGUAAGUCUGAGCAUACAGAUAUGCAGAUUUGUGUUUUCAAAAGCAACUAUCAGCAACUCAAGAGUAGAGAAGUUUUCUUAUGCAGAACCUUCUGUUGAGAGGAAAUAAAAUCUUUUAAACUUUGGGAAUCUCUCUCAUUUUAGUGAAAUUACUGAACUUGUAUUGCAUUAGUGGAAAUGCAGAGCCAGUCUGACUUUCCUUCAGUACAUUAGUCAGACUAAGAUUUCAGCUGUUUUUCUAAGGGCCUUGGAGUGAUGACAGACCAGUCUAGCUGUGCCACUUAUGAUUCAGUUCUGAGGUCAACCAGAAACACAAAGGCCCAAUGAAAAACUACAUUGUUGUCCGAGGGUGAUAUAAGUAAAUGGCAUGAAAAGAAUGACUUUUCCCAAUCUUGUUAGAAUUUAAGGAAAAUAUUUUUUGAGCCCAAGUAAGAAUGGUUAAGAAAUUGUUUUUCCUCAGGGAGUGGUGGGAGAUGUUCAUUGUGUGAGAGGUAACAAGAAGGCCAAAUCAAACCGAGCUGCUGCCAACGUAUGUUCAACCACAUAAUGCAUAUUGUUAGAUCAGAAAAAUGUCUUAAACUGCGUCAUAUUGAUAAGCUCAGUACAGAAACAAGAUUUAAGUUACUUCCAGACUCUCAAAGGCCCUUCAGGCAGCAUCACGUGGCACCACUGCGCCAUAGGCAGAUCACCACACUAUAUGUUUGCUAGCGUGUUAGCAUCCUGAUUAAGGCCCAGUUGGUACUCUGCGAAGGUCUAAUCUGGCCUCACGCCUCAAUGCAUGUGCUCAAUAGAGCCCGCGCCCUGCAUCAUGACAUCAUGUCUUUGUGUGAAAUCCCAGCGCCAUUCACUGGGCCAGUGUGGGGCUUAGCAUGCAAGCAUCCACUAUACCAACACACUGCUCUUUAAAGGGACUCCCCUGGUCCCCCAGCUAUGUGGAUACACCCUGAACAUGCCUUUGAGCCCAUGCGCCAUGCCAGGCCUUCAGGGGAGUGAACAUUUGAGCUUUUAGUAAAGGAAAUCUUUAUAUAAGAAAAUGUGAUUUCUCCAGGAUAUGUAAUGACUGCUUUCAUGUAUCCAGUAGGGGUAAAACAACGUUUAUUGUAACAAGAAGGUUCUUAUUUUUGCAUUAGGAGAUACAUUUUGAAAAGCUAAGUUUAAAACAUUAGUGUGCCACCAAGUAAGAGGUCUAAAAGUAGACAUUGAGAGAUGGACUUUGAAUUUCAGCACACCAGUGAUACCACCACAGAUUGAGGUCAGCAUGGCUUGAAUUUCAGUGAAAGUUAAAUGAACGAUGAGCAAAGUGAAGAAAAUAUUUAAUCAUCCAUUCCUUAAACAGCUGUGACAUUUGACGUUAUAGCAUGUGGAGUGAGAACUGAUGACACCAAAUGCAUUUUUAAACCAUCUGAUUUAAAAGCUGGGCAUAGAAAUACAUAGAAAAAGAUUAAACAGCAAACAGGCUAUUUGCAAAUAGCAACUCUAUUACUGAAUGUUUUAUGUUUCAGCAACGAUAAAGUUCUCGUGAAACCUCCAUGUUUGGUUGAGCAAAGGGAAAUUAACUGUUUAAAUAUAAAUAAACUCUAAAUGCCUCCCACUGCCAAACAAUUGUUCUGUUGAUUCCUUUAAAUUGGUGCACCAGUGAUUUGGCGUGAGUGCAGGUUUGCAACAGUUUACAUUACUGAAAAACACUGGCUUUGUUUAAAUGAACCUUGGGAUUUAAUAAAAUGUGUGAACAUUUUGCACAGAUAAAAAUGCUGCUGUUUUACUGACAGGAUUUCAUACUAAUCAGGAUUUUUGUUUUCCCACAUUUUGUAAUGUGAGGAUAUGAUCUUGCUUAUAUUAUAGUCAUGUAAGCAUAAAUAUUUGAAGGCAUGGUUCUGGAUUUCCAUUGUGGGAAAAAAACGUAACUACAAAGAGAACACAAAGUUCAAAGAGUUGAAAUGUAAAUAAUGUAAACCACUGUAAUUCAAUACAGUGCACAGUGGUUUGAACAUAUGUAAUUGUAUUUAACACACUUGUUUCGUGAUGCUGAAUGAAGCAUGAGGUUAAAAACCGAGCUGAACUGAAGUAAACCAAACUACAAUUUGAGAAAAAUAAGUACAUUUACAAUUCAAACACAAAAAAACUCUUUAUCUUAGAACUUAAAGGAGCAAGUAGGAAAUACAAAAAGAGCAUUGACAGAAGAAAACAUAUUGAUGUUUCUCAAAAAAACCUUAUCUUUACAAUUGCAUGUAGAAGAGUGAUGAUGUUAUUCAGCAAUUUCUCGCGACCAUUAGAGAGUCAAAUAGCAAAGGUUUUUUACUUUUUACUUUUUUGAGAAGCUGGUAACAGGCUUGAGUCUUGGUUUUCCUGUGUUUCAGUAACAUAAAACUUGAGAUUUGUUCAAACAAACAUUUUGUGGUGUGGAUUAAAAUACAUAAAUAAAUGAAUAAAAAUUAUUUCUAAAAAAAAUCUAAUCACUAAACAGAUGUGCAUGUUUCAUGGUUCAUUUCAUUUGAUUCAAUUUUGUAAAAUAUCCUUAUUGUUUUAUUAAUUAUUAUUAUUAUUAUUAUGAAUAUAAACACAAUUUUUUUAUUGUGGGUGGAAACAAGAGCACUUUAAAAAAACUAAUGAAGGAUAAAUUGGAAACUGUCAAGCACUUAAUUAAUACUUCACUUUAUUCUACAUUAUAUUUCUGGAUAUAUAUAAAAGGAGUAAUCAAUAUUAAAUAAAACAAACAAUUAUAAAAAUAAAAAUUUAUAAUAUAUUCUCAUAUAUUCCAUACUGCAUAUUAAAAUGUCAGCCAUUGGCAAUGUGUAAUGUAUAUAAAAAAUGCUAUCUUUGUUUACUAUAUAUAUAGAUAGAUAGAUUUAACACUGCUAAAUCUAUAUAAAAUGCCAGAGACUCCUGUAUCCUGACAUUUUCACAACACUGCAUUAAUCCAGACUAAUGUUUUAUGUUAUGGGGUGUCUAAAGGACUUGAUGCACAUUCACAAAGUUCUCCUUCAUCCUUGCCUGAGCUGAUGUUGGCUCUAUUGCUGGAGGCACCAUUUGAAAUUGUGUCUACUGUGUCCAUGUUUCCAUACACAGAACAUCGGACGGUUAAGAAAGUAGGAGUGUGACUGAGCUGCUGUGGACUCUGUGCCCCGACAGUGUCCAUGUUGGUGCGGGAGCUUGAGGCCUGCUUCCAUACAUCCCUGCUCUGGCUUUGUUGAUCCUAUUGUUUUUUGCGUCACCCACACGUCGCCCGGAAAAUAAAGGCCGUCUGGCUCCAAGCUUAAAUAUUGCGGCAAACUAAAAACCAACCAUCAGAGCCGAUUCAUUUACAUCUGCUCAGUGGGGCGACAAGGACAGGGCUUUAGGUGGGAAAGAGGGCAGAAAAAAGUUCACUCUCCCCUGCCGGGUGCCAAGAGAACGGGACAGGACUCAACUUUGCCGGAGCCGCAGCUGUGGCAAGUUGCCAAUUUGAUUGCCUUUUAUUCUUUAGUAGGGGACUUUAUGUUACCUACUGAUCUCUAAAUCUACCAUUGCUUCUACUAGAAUGUUGCCUUUGAGAGCUAUUGACGGCAAUGCAUAUUCAUGUGUUCAUUUUAGUAAAAUUUAAUGGCCUACAGAGAGAUUUUGUAAGAACUUUAGAUUUACUUCAAAUCAGUUUACUUCAUUGAUAUUGCUUGUCAUUAUUUAUAAUAGGAACUGAAAGUUCUCAGUUGGCCGUUAAGACUUUUGUGAAGCUUCAGUAUGUUAAGUUUUUAAACUGAAAUGCAUGCCAUUACUAGCAGCUAAUGUUUGAUGAACAAGAAUUUCAAAGUUGGAUUUGUCCUCUAAUGCAUUGCUUACCUUUGGCCCUCUCUUUCCCACUCCCACUAUGGAUCCUCCCUACCCCAUCCUCCCCGUGCGAAUGCACCCUCUGUGUCCAUUCCUACCCCACCCUUCAUUCCGCAGUGCUACGGACCGACCAUGGGUGACUGGAGCUUUCUGGGUAACAUUUUAGAGGAAGUCAACGAGCACUCCACGGUGAUCGGCCGGGUGUGGCUCACAGUGCUGUUCAUCUUCCGUAUCCUCAUACUGGGCACGGCGGCAGAGUUCGUGUGGGGCGACGAGCAGUCCGACUAUGUUUGCAACACGCAACAGCCUGGAUGCGAGAACGUGUGCUACGACGAGGCCUUUCCCAUUUCCCACAUACGCCUGUGGGUGCUCCAGAUCAUCUUUGUGUCCACGCCGUCUCUGGUGUACGUCGGCCACGCUGUGCACCAUGUCCACAUGGAGGAGAAACGUAAGGAGCGAGAGGAGGCAGAGCUUAGCCGGCAACAGGAACUGAGCGAGGAGCGUCUGCCUCUGGCACCUGACCAGGGAAGUGUCCGCACAACUAAGGAGACCAGCACCAAAGGCAGCAAGAAGUUUCGCCUGGAGGGCACCCUGCUGAGGACCUACAUUUGCCACAUUAUCUUCAAGACACUAUUUGAAGUGGGUUUUGUGGUAGGGCAGUACUUUCUUUAUGGCUUCCGCAUCCUGCCACUGUACAAAUGCAGCAGAUGGCCCUGCCCCAACACGGUGGACUGCUUUGUGUCUCGCCCAACGGAGAAGACUGUCUUCAUCAUCUUCAUGUUGGCUGUGGCCUGUGUCUCGCUCUUCCUCAACUUUGUGGAGAUCAGCCACUUGGGUCUGAAGAAAAUCCGCUUUGUCUUCCGUAAGCCAGCUCCAGCUCCAGCCCAAGGCGAGGGCACAGCCCCGCCUCUGCCAUCACAAGGAAAAGGUCUGUCCCCACUGGCUGUUCCCGUUUUGCAAAGAGCAAAAGGCUACAAGUUGCUAGAGGAGGAAAAGGUUCCACCUGUAACUCACCUCUACCCUCUGGCUGAGGUUGGCAUGGAGGCUGGCAGAGGGACUCCACCCUUCCAGACACUGGAGGAGAAGGUGGAGGAGGUACUGCCCAUGGAGGACAUCUCUAAGGUGUACGAUGAGACUCUGCCUUCCUACAGUCAAACAACGGGGACAGGGGAAGUGACGUUACAUGAAGAAGAGGUUGAGGAGGUGCCACCACCAGAGGUGGAAGCAGAGAGAAUAGAGGAAGGUCUAGAUGAGGAUGCAGAGGUAGAGGAAGGAGAAAACGAGGAGAUGGAAACUCCUGCUGAGGCAGAGGUGGAGGCGACGGAUACGAUAGAAGACACCAGACCAUUGAGUCGACUGAGCAAAGCAAGCAGCAGGGCCAGAUCAGAUGAUCUCACCGUAUGAACCUGUGAGACAAAGCACACGCAUGCCUUCACACAUUCAACAUCAGGGAGAGCAUACACCACUAACUCAAAGCAGUGCAUACUUUUACACAGGCAGGCUCAAAAAUGGAUGAAAAAGAAAAAUCGACAGGGAUAGAGAAAAACCUUUAAGGGUGGAAUUCUGCAGAAAGCACCCUCAAUAAAAUAAAAUAUAAUAAAAUAAACAAAAAAGUCAGAGUGUUUGAGGUAAAAUGGAAUAUAAAACUAGGGUUUAAAGAGGAGACUUUUUUACUAAGUGUGUACUUAUUUAAAAAGAAAAAUGGGGAAAUGUUUUUACUUGAUGAAAAUCAUUUUCAGUUUUUAGACAUCUUUUCUAUUGAAAGAGUUAUAGCUAUUUAUGAUGGAGAAAUAGGUACUUGUUUACAAGGCUUGAGUUCAUAGGGAAAGACUACUAGAUUGUCUGCAAGUCAAUGCUUUUACUGUAGAUGGACGAUGACUUUUCUAUUUAGACAGCGACAAAGUGUAAAGGCAGCCACACUGCUGUUGCUGAGAAACCUACUGCAUAGAAACACACAGCAUCUGCUAAGGUUAGCAGAUGCACAGAUACUUAAAGACAAAAAAAGUUUGAUUUAGGUUCAGAGGGCCGUACUUCUUUUGCACAUUCAGAGAUUUCAACUCUGCAAGGCCUUUAACCCUCGUAACACCUCAUCUAUGGAUCCAUUUAUACAAGAUUCUUUCAAGAGAAGAGGGAUUUGCAUCAGUUUCAGAGCAUUUCUCUCCUUUUUGUGCUUAUAUACUAGGUGGUAAAAGCUAGAGCAGAGAUAGUCAGAAAAAAAAGAGAAAAAUUACCACAUGUUGGAUGUCUUUUUCAAUGUGAUUUGCAUCUUUUAUUUUAGACCUGCUUAUGUUCUGUAGCCGUUCAAAAAAGGAAAACCUGUGUACUGUGAUAUCAGCUGUCAAUGCAAGACAGCAGGGCUCAUUUUGCCCAAUCAGAGGGAGGACUAUAGUAGUGACCUCAAGCCAAAUCCUCUCUGCGUGCUGUACAAAUAGGCGUCCGGGCGAUAAAGAUCAUGCAGCAUCAGCACAAACUAUUGUUGGGGGCACCACAAUAAAAGAAACCACACUCAUCAAUGAAAACAGGCAUCCUUGACCCAGGAAAUCAAACCUUUGACUCAGUUUCAUUUACACAUUAGUAUUUAUCAUUACACAACAAGGACAAACUACAAAAUGCAUGAAGUUUCAGAGGAUUAGUGUGCUACUCUACUUAGCAAGACUUAGCAAGAUAAAUUAAAUACAGCACUUUUAAAGCAGCUGAUUUCAGGUAAUAGAAAGGCUGGAAGAAAUGAAGUUUUAUAAGAUAAUACUCAUUUAUUGUCAGAAACCUAAUAAAGCUAAUACAAAUUGAAAUUUCGAGGAGCAAACUUUUCAACUUAAUUAUUUUUGCUAAUAAUAAAUAAGGGCUUUUCCACAAAUUUUUAAAUUCUCCGGGGGGAUUUUUCACGCUGUACCACUAUGGGUGUCUUAUCUGUAAAUGUGCAUUCCCAAUUGUAAAAUUGUAGAAAGUGGAUGUAUUUUUUUUGAGUCUUCUGUGAAGUUGAUGUUUUUCUCUCCUAUUUUUUUUUUUUUUAGACAUUAACAGGUCUUUCACUCUGAGUCACCUGUUACCCAUCAACACAAAUAAUGUAUUCAUUAAGCAGAUUUUGGCCAUAUUUGCAGAACUCAUAGUGUUGAUACUGUCAAGACUGGGAUAAGAACAAGUACUUCUCACAUAGAAAGGCAACUGUUGUCCCCCAUGUACACCCUACCCUCCUCCUGCUCACUAUUAUCUGCACAUCUUUAUGAUUCAAUGCCGAAACAAGUUAAAAGUGCUCAACACUGUUACACUCCAAGGAUGACACUGGGUCUUUUUUACAUUAAUAUGGCUGGUAACGUAUGAUUUUUUUUGUACUUUGAAACUGUUGCAUUACCUAUAUGUUUGUAAGAAGACACAAUGAUUAAUAUUUGGGGGAAACAUAAUUUUUACUAACUUGUAGUCUUCUCUGAUGAUAGAUUCUUUUGACAUGUGAAUAAAUACAAUAAAAAGUCCCACGUGGUCAUGAGUUGUUCUGCACAAACACACUAAGUCACAUGGUAACAAUGUGCAUUUUUCUGUAAUAAUGAUGGACGGAUAUGACAGAAGGUCUGAAAUUGUUCUGU